AGGUAAAGUUGAUCUGCACUGAUAGAACCAAAUCAUAGGAUGGCAGCAUUUGCCCACCGGAUAUACACCUUACUUUUCAUACUGCAUAUAUACCCCUGAAUAUGCAUAUUGGCAAGAUUGCCUAGAUCUAUCCAUGGCAUAAUGAAGGAUAGGUCCCUAGUCAUUUAGAUCUAAGCUUCCAUCCUUCCAGCUACUUAUGUCCCCAGUCACCACCUCGUUUAGCUUUCUUAUCCACUAGCAUUAAUGUGCCUCUUUAUGUGGGCUUUGGGCAUCUUUAUACUAGCUAAACAACCUCAUUCAUUCGACUGAUCUUCUACUAAUUCAAGUUGUUCUGAUUGUGUUGAAGGAAUUGGCCACAUGGACACGUUCCAGAGCCGCUGUGGAACUUUAAAUUAUAUGGCACCAGAAAUUUUCACAGAGAAAAGCUUCACCAGUUUAGUGGACUGGUGGGCUUUUGGAGUGAUCCUGUACCAAAUGGCUGUCGGCAGGGUAAGUGCCCAUUCAUAAACUCAAUCAGGGAAUUUCUGUUUCUAAAAAUCGUAUUCCAUUAUGGCUGCCAUUUUAUCUCGUGUUUUUAAUACAAAUUCUGUUUCCUGUUUGUAGUUACCUUUCAUGGGAAAUACAAGAAUACUCCUAGAGGUUGAAAUCCUAACCGCAAAGCCAAAAUUUCCUCCAGGCAUGAAUUGGAAUGUCCAGUGUGCAAUAAUUAAACUCCUGAAGAAAGACAUCAAAUAUCGCCUUGGAGCUGAACAAGAUGCUGAAGAAAUAAUGAAAAGUUCUCUAUUCUGGGGAGUAGACUGGGACGCACUUCUGAGACAAGAAAUCCAGCCUCCAUUCACUCCUCAGAUAAGAACGGCCGAUGUACAGGAGGAAUCAAGCCUUUGUCUAUCAGGUGUUUCUACCUCAGUGGCCCUUCUGAAUGAUUUCCCAAAGGCAUUAAACCAAUUGAAUUGCCCCGCUCUUUUAUCCGGAAAACUCUGAGGCGGAAACAAAUACUUCUAC